AUGGAGUUUCAUGGAUUUGAGGCUAAAUCCAUGGAACUCCAUUCCCUUGUGCCAAGUGCUGUUCGUGACACAAUUUUGAAAGCUGUUCAUGACAACCCUUUCGCUGGCCACUUAGGAAUAACUCACACCGAGGAAAGAGUGAGAAAAAGUUUGUAUUGGCCUGCUAUCCGUGUUGUCGUUGAAAAGUAUGUUAAAGCAUUGUGUAGUAUGUGCACAUCACACUUCACCAGUUAACUUAAAUCGAGCGCCAAUGGGUACAAUUGCUGUAGGGGAACCAUUCACGUUUUGGGCGAUGGAUUAUAUGGGACGAUUGCCAGAGUCUAGCCACGGCAACAAGCACAUAUACUUGUCGUUGUUGAUCACUUUACAAAAUGGUGUGAGGCAUUUGCUACUCCUGACCAAAAACCAAGUACAGUCGCACCACUUUUCAUAAGUAGAAUAUUUUCACGAUUUGGCCCAACUGCCGUUUUGCAUUCAGACCAGGAGCGCAACUUUGAGAGCGUUUAAUUUGAUGCAUGAAAUUUGUGAUGCUAUGGGUAUAACAAAGACUAGAACAACGGCGUAUCAUCCGCAAUGUGAUGGUUAAACAGAACGCCAAAAUAGAACACUCCAAAGCAUGCUGUCCUCUUUUGUUUCAAGUCGGAAAGACGAUUGGGAUUUAGGCAAGAUGUACUAGGUGUCUCACCCUAAGAGGUAGGUUUUGAUCGCGCACCUCGUCUGCACUUAGAAUUAGAGCUAGGAAUGCCCCUUUCAAACCCAGGUACACGCAAUGAAUAGGCUACAUGCAAUUACUAAGGUCGGUAUUUCGUGACGAAGACAAAUCGCAAAGCAGCAGCUCACCAAAGUAUCCGAGAAACUAGUCGGGCACAAAUAGGGAACAAACACCUGGGGGCCAUUUCAUGACUAGGACAAACGGUCAUGCUCAGACGACCUAAAGGCUGGAAAUUAGGUAGUAAGUGGGUUGGAACUUACAGAAUACUAAAACGGUUAUAGGGGUUAAUUACAAAGUAACAUCGCGGGGGCGGGGGGGGGGGCGUGGAGAAUGUUGUGUAUCAUGAUCAACUUAAACUAAGGUAUGUCCCUUUUCAACCGCGGAUGAACUUGUUCACCUAGCUAGGGAAUUGCGCGAAUUUCGGGUGGUUGACGUUGCAGCUCAAGAAGUGGGAGACCCAAGUGCAAGGCCUGCCAGACUUAGACAAACAAUAAGACCUCCAGAUCGCUAUAUGGCAAUUGAAACAUUUUUGUAUAAUGCGUAG